UGCAAAUGUCCUGGUUUUCUUUGUUUUUCAUUGGGCAAUUAAAAUAAGGCACUCUCCUGCAAAUGACCCAAGAGGAUUGUUGACAAAAGGCAGCAAAAGUCCCCAAAAAUCUAAACAUAUGCACUCCUCUGAUGCUUGCAGUCUUUCAACUGAGGACAUGCAUAAAGGUAGUUGAAAUUCCCAAGAUUUUGCAACCUUACAGGCCGCAUUUUCCCCCUGAGGUACAAUCUGAAACUUAACAAACAUUUACCCUCAGCUUCUUGUGUUGUUCCGAAAAACAAGGAACAGAGCAACAAAUAACACACUCAAGAACGAAACAAGGAACUUACGUUGUUAUAUCAAGAAAUGUAGGAAGUUAUGGCUUGCCAAUCUAUUAUGAAAUUGCAUUCUCUUCCCUUUCCAGGUUUCACAUCCAUGUUUUUAAUUUUUCUCAUGCUGACUCAACAGGUUCUGGAAAAAAUUAGUUUGGCAAAAAAUAUGUAAGACAUGUAGGAGGGUGUAUAACAGCAUUAUUGGUACAGCUUUACUCUUUGUUGGUUCAAUCUUCAUUCCUUCAGCUUUCAACAUGUUGCUUAUGCUGCUGCUACUUGCAUCCACAGUUGACGGCCAGGUCCAGCAUGUUUCAGGCCAUAUGAACAAUGGCUCGUGUACAUGCGAAGUCAACACCAGCAUGUGGCUCUUCCCUGCUGUGAAGUAUGAGGCCACACUGCAGAAGGUUGAGUCUUGUGAGGAUUCCCUGAAACUACUACAAAAACAGGUGCACAUAUCCCACCGGCGUCUCCCUGAGAUUCAGGCAGUGAUAAACAACAUAACAGCUCGGCUGGAAUCUUACCAGUACCUACAUUAUAAGGGCCUGUAUUCGACUCUGCAUCUGCAUCCGCUGGCAGAGGAACUCAGCAAGCUGGAGGAUGCCAUUAAUACCAUGUCCACUCAGUUGAACGACGACAAAACUGAGAAACUUUCCAAAGAGGUCAGUAAACUGCGAAGAGAUGUCAACCAGAUGGAUAUGGCCAACACAAUUAACAUGAAGACUGUGAAAGAGAAACUGCGCAAACUGAAGAACAGUGCUGUCUCUUGCUUGUCAAUCCCCAAAGAUUUCAAAGGUCAGCACAGGUAUUGCCUCAAGGGCCUAAUCACCAACAUCAGCCAACCAGUCACAACUAAAGUCAGCCCAUACGGGAAGAACAUCAUUUCUGGAUCAUGGGGCCAGCAGGCUCAAAGGGACAGCGAAGCCCUGAAAACCGCCUUCUGGAUUCUGCCUUUGCUCAACGGCCAUUUUUUUGGAAACACCCUGCGAGUAUAUCAAUCAUAUGAAGACUUCAUGGCCUCCACUCAUCACCAAGAUUUCAUCUUGGCUCCAUCCACCACCCAUCCUAAUGCCAUUGAAGGUCCUAGUGCUGUCCUGUACGGAGAGGCUCUGUACUAUCAUUGCUAUGGCUCUGCAGAUAUCUGUCGCUAUGAUCUGAACAGCAAGGCUGUAACAAGGGUCACACUUCCCGGCAUCACUCAGGGAUUCUUCAACAAAUUCCCUUACUGUUAUAUUGAUUGUCGUGCCAGAACUGAUGUGGAUGUGGAAGUAGAUGAGACAGGCCUGUGGGCCCUGUAUGCCACGGCUGGUAGCCAUGGUAAUAUAGUGGCAAGCAGACUCUCUUGGGACAGUGAAGCCGAAACGCUCAGUGUCACUCAGACGUGGGAAACAAGGCUGUUCAAGAGGGCGGUAACCAAUGCUUUCAUGGUGUGUGGCGUGCUUUAUGCUACUCGCUUUUUGGAUGAUCACCGUGAAGAGGUGUUCUAUGCAUUUGACACAGCAACUGGCAAAGAGGACAACACGUUGUCAUUGCCGCUUGAGAAGAUCACUGAUGGAGUUGCCAGUCUGAGCUUCAACCCCAUCAACAGGCGGCUCUACUUGUACAACGAUGGGUAUCUUCUCGCCUAUCAAACCCACUUCUGAACGGAAAUUAAUGAAAAUCUGAAGCAGUUCUAAACAUUAUCCCGAGUUAUGAUAAAUCAGUUGUUUGGGAUUUGUUGGUUGUCAUUAGAGUGAUGGUUGUAAACUAUCCAAAUGUAUCUUUUCCUAUAUUUUUUAUUGUUUUCUUCAACUCUGAAAAAUAGCUACUUUUGAAAAAAAAUAUUUUGACUUCAACUAUUUUAUUCACAGAAAGUUUUGUUAUUAAAAUUGCUUGAGCAUCA